AUGAAUUCACAUUCAAAACCCAUAAAACCAAUGGCUAUCAUGACUAUCAACAAUCAUCUACAGACAACAAUAACAUUCAAAAUAUACGAGCAUUUACAAAUGAUGAAACAAUUCUGGCCAAAUUAAAGUGGUAAUGUACAUACUAUAUGUUACAGUAAUACCCAGUAUUUCCCGUAUAAAGUCGGCUAGCUGCAGUAUGCCCAUGUCGUCGUUGCCGUGGAAACCAGUGUUCCCCCUUCAUGUCCACAAUACACAUGCCGUCCUACAUACCCAUCCCACCUCUUCUCCCUUCCCCACCAUGGCAUGCCCGCCUUUCCACUGUCAUAAGACCGACCACACCCGCACGUUCCAGUCAUUCCAGUCAUUCCAGUCAUUCGUCGAUCUCCUCCACUACUCCCGUACCCCUCUCGUACCGUGAAUGUCUUGCAGCCUUACUUGAAGCGAGGCCUCUUCGCAAGAAAUCAUGGGCGCCCAACAGCCAUAUCUGUAUGACCCUCAGUGGCGCGACUCGCGACUACCAGAGAAACCCUUCGAUCCCAAAGCUAUCACGAGAGCAAGCUGGGAGCCAAAACCCAAGAAACCAAAGCAAAAAGGGCCUUUGAUAUCUUUCGGCCGACAUCCCGACGCACAAGCUGUACUUGCAGGUAGAACCAUAUGGGCUAACCCCAUGAGCGGCACAACGAAAUGGUGGAUUAAGUUCACCAGAUAUAUACAAUUAUGCCUACGCGGCAUUGAGAUGAUCGGGGGUGUUGGACUGCUCGUCCUCAUGAUUCUAAUUAGCAAUGUUGACCCUCUCACCUCUUGGGUUAUGCGAAUCACGCCUGGCGUGGUGGCCAUCAGCUGCGUCUACGCCAUUUGGCAUUUCAUCAGACCGGCCAACGCCAGACCACCCGCUUCGUCAGCGGCCUAUCAACUAUUCGCCGGCGUUAUGGACCUGGCUGUUAUUCCACUAUACGCCUUCGGCGUCAUCUCUGCCGUGAACCACGGCACCGAGUGGAAGCUGAUCAUAAACGCUAGCCAAGAAAUCACUGACGCCCUCGUCAAGAGCGAGUACUAUGCGCUCAUCGGCGCCGGGGGCUUACACGUCAUCUCCCUCGGCAUUUCCGUCUAUCUAUGUCUAAUGUUCCGGCGCAUCGCGAACAUGCCGCCAGACAUGAACCCACUAGAACCCAACCUCACCUCCCGCGCCAAGCAGCACAAGCGCAACAAGUCCUCCGUAGCCACGAGCUACACCAGCGUAUCGGAGGACUCGAAGCGGCUAUCCACGCCCCUCGAGAACUACCGCAGCUCGGGCGCCGCGUACGAGGACCUAUCGCGCCCACCCAACAUCCCCUUCAUGCACACGCGCGCCAACUCACGCGACUCCUUCGCCUCCUCGGCCUCGCCCCCGUCCAAACCGCGCGACUCGCGCACCGACCUGCCCAGCCGCCAGUACCAGAUCACCCCCGGCAACUCGCCGCGCCACAGCCUCGCGGGCUCCGUCGCUGAGCUGAAGCGCCUAUCCCUUCCGCAGCGCGCGACCUACACCGAGGUGCCGCUACACGAAAUCGGCGUCGCGUCGCCCCCGCUCACCGCGUCGCGGCCCGGCAGCGGCACGACGAUCACCGUAGGCCCCCUGGACCAGGACCAGCAGCCGACCAACGCGUCGCCGACCCGCGUCGCCCGCUUCACCGAGGCCUGGUACGCGUCCGAGUCCCUCAUCAACCGCACGCAGGAGCGCCAGCGCGCCCUCAACGCCCUCGAGCGCGCGCAGCGCCAGUCGUAUCCGCAGACCGCCGCCGCGCAGUACCAGCAGAAGUCAUCGUCGCCGCGGAAAUACGAGGCCCUCAACCAGCGGUACAACUUCGACUCAGACGACGACGAUGCGUCAGACAGGGAAAACGGGCGCAUGAUACGGCCCGGUGACUCGGACGACGACUAUGACGACGAUGGUGAUAAUGUGCAGAGCAGCCCGAUAAACGUCACAGCGCACCUGCACCCGAACCCGCUACGACUGAACCCGAUACCCAUCCCCGCGCCGCUGCAGCCCACGCCUCCUCCUUCUAACCCCUCAUCCUCCUCAUCUUCAUCCCCUUCCGACCGCGACAUCAUCGCCACCCGCCAGAAAACCCCCCGCCCCCUACCGGCGCUCGCCGAAGUGUCGCAUAACAAGAACGCGCGCCGCGACACGAGCGGGAGCCGGGACAUCGCGGAUGCGAAGCGCGCUUCCGCGCCUGCCAUGGCGCCGUUUUGGCGUCGCGGCGGUGCUGGGAAUGCGGGUGCGGGGAUGCGCAACUCGUCGAUACAGGCCGACAGCGACUUCUACGCGAAGCCGUACGGGGAGCUGAAGCCGGCGACGCCGCCGAUCAUGGUUGGCGGGAAGAAAGGUGCUGCUGGUGGUGGUGGUGGUGGGAAGAAAAACGCGGGCGGAACAAGACAGGUGUCGUCGGGCAAUGACUACGCGGAUCUGGGUAGCGGUGCUGGCGCGACGUGGAGGCGGAAUGUCAGUGGCAAGGGUGCGGAGGAGGGGAGGGCGGGGCUGAGGUUUGGGAAUGGGAAUGGGAUUGGGAUUGCGCCGGGGAAUGUGAGCGCCAAGGUGGAUAAGUAUUCCCGGUAUAGUAUCUUGAAUGAGGAUUGAGAUGGAUGAUGUUUAUGGAUAUAUAUAUAUAUAUAUGUGUGAUGGAUGGAAUGGAUGGAUGUUUGGGUGUAAUAACUGUAAAAUGUGAAAGAGGAUCUUAGUUGUGAUGGAUGGAUGGAUGGAUGAAUAUGGCUAGCUGGUUGGUUUUAUUUUAUUCCCCCCCUGGAGAUGGUGAGGAGGAUGGAUGGGUGAUGCUUGUGAGGUGGUUAGCGACAGCGGCGGCUCCGGGAUGAUAAUGAUUAUUCACGGAAUGUAAUAUUAUAUAUAUAGGUAGGUAGGUAACGGGAAGGGACACGGGAACUGGAACUGGAACUAGCUGGUUGGUUUAUGGUUCUGGGUUCUGGGUUCUCAAUGGGUCAUAAUAUAUACCUACAUAGUUAUAGCAAGAAUCGUCGA